AUGACUGCCUUGAGUUUUACAUGGUCUCAAGUCGUCACACCAACGACGAUCGGAACCAUGCAUGUGAUGAUCAAUACAGCGAGCAAUAGCACAUGGACCUCUACUGAAAUGCAUACGGAAUAUGCUUCGAAUUCGACCCUGCAGACGUUGACGCGCACCGAUACAAACGCGGAUCGUACUGUCACAGCAGUAGUAUCGGCACUUGACGGGUCCAACAUCACAGUUGCUUACCCUACCCAAGUUCUAGCCCUCGAUACUCAGAUGACUUGGAAUGCUGCUCUUCCCACUACCAUUAAGGGGCUCAACCAGACCUGUUGUCUUGGGCAGCAAACUUUCUCGCCUACACCUAUCCACUCACCUUUUCCAAUGCCUGUGGACAAAACAAACAAGCUCGAUCCAACUGGAUGGCUCUAUUCAUUGUUCCCGGUCGAGGAUGUCAAGGUAAAUCCCAAUCAGAUAUACUCACUGUGGGGCAAUCGAUCCAUUGAGCUGCCAUACACAGGCUGUAGUUUUGCUCCGUGCAAUGUGACACCGAAGUGCUCGUCAGUGAGCCCUGCUGAAGCAGUUUCAGAGGUCCCUUACCUUUACGAUACCGUUACUAGUUUUGUGGGAGCACCUUUUACUGCUUUCACUCACAUUAUGAACACCGGAAAGACAACGUCAUCUGUUGCAGCUUCCGUAUCUACUGCAGAGAUCAGCAUCAAUUCGCCCCAGAGCACAGUCACCACGUCUGUCACUUUGCUGGGUACUAGUCAGGUCCAGAAAACCACCCCUAUAAGUACAGAACUACCAUCCACAGAAGAAGUCGCGAGCCAAUCAGACGUACCUGUAUCCAUCGAUGUCGGAACUAGAUCCAUCGAUGUCGGAACUAGCCCCCAAGGACUCUCCGUUAUUAUACCUACCUCGAAAGCUUCAGCUGUCAGCGAGGAGUUGAGCUCGUCCGUCUUUGCAUCCACUAAGCAAUCAUCAGAUACGACUGCAGGUAUCGAAGGCAGUGCAACUAUCUCAGCAGAGACCAAGCCUCUUCCUACUUCAAACUCACGAGUUGGUGUUGCGCCGCUCUCGUCUGUGGCAUCUCCAGAGCCACAUGCAUCUGGAACUCUCCAAGGAGCCACAACAGUCCCUAUUGCAUCUGUCGGCAAUACCGAUGGUCAAGAUACCAUCGAAACAUCAGUCAAUGUAAACACAGGACUUUCAACUGCAGCCUCAUCAACGACAACUCUGACUUCGACGACUAGAGAGUCUCUUGUGAUCCAAUCUACACUCACUGUCAAUCCGCUGCUCUCAAACCCAGGACAAGUAUCCUCUCCUGAAUCCAGCGUCAACUCUUUGCUGGUCACAACGAGUAAUGCAGGGGUACAGGGAUCGCCCGGUUCCUCGCUUGCAAAUGUGGCUGUCAGCAGUAGUGCAGAACCUACAUCCUCUGAUGACGUGUCCUCGACAGACGAAACAUCCACGAACCAUGCCAUCGCUCUAGAGACAAUCAUAACGGAUAGCCCUGAGGGGACUUCUACGGUCGUUAUCGCAGGCAGCACGGCAUCAAACGCAGAUGCAACAUCCAAGCUCAUGACGUUCAGUCUCCUCAGCCAAGGCUCAUCAGCUCCAUCUUCCGAGCAGCCCUCUGGCUCUUCCGACGUUGUCUCUACCAGUGUAGCAUCUGUACAGAAUGGCCCUUCGGCUACCGAACAGUCUACAGGAUCCUCCUCGUCCGCUGCUUCAGUCACCAAUACUGCAGCCGUCAUACCAUCUUCCAGGAUUGGCAACGGAACCACUGUACUUCCGACAAGUGUGCCUACCUCUUCUAUCGAAGCCUCAAAUGAUGUCGGACAUCUGCAAGUAAUGCGUUUUGAGGCAUUGACGUUGGUUGUCAUGAUAUGUCUCUUCCUCUUGUAG